AUGUCAGCUAGCAAUGGGACCACAAUUUUGCAUGUCGGGCCCGAUGGGCAAACCCUCCACCUUGAACUACAGGAGGUGAAAGUCAGCGCGCUUGUAGUGGAUGUAUCUGCACAGAUGACCGUGUCGCACGUAUUCUAUAAUCCAUUGGAGGAUGAUACAGGUCGGGCGAAGUAUGUAUUUCCCAAACCUGCAUCCGCAGCCGUUUGCGCAUUCAAGAUGGAGCCAGAGGAUGGACGGGUGAUUGUGGGCGAAGUAAAGGAGGCAGCUGAGGCAUCAAGCAUGUACGCAGCUGCUAUCGAACAAGGUAAAAUUGCAGGAUUAGUGGAAUAUGCCACAGGGGAUGUAUUCACGAUUUCUGUUGGAUCUAUUCCUGCCAAGACUCACGUGACGACGAGGCUCACGUGUGUCAUGAAUCUUAUGAACAACGAUCACCCGAACGAAAUUCGCCUUCAGAUUCCUAUGGCAGUAGGCCCGCAGCGCUACGGCCCACUGCCAGCUGGAAUGGUUGAUGCGGCCUCUGCGACGCAAGCCACUCGUUUGAGUAUCACAACGAAAAUCCAGACGAGCGGAAUUAUUCGCCCGGAAGACGUGACGAGCCCGAGUCACGGAAAUGCCGUCCGUGUGUCUGCGCACCGAACGCAUCGGCAGGAAAGGUCAGAGCGCCGCAUGGUAGCGCGCUUUCGCUCCUCGACCUUCCUUGCGCAGGAUUUCGCGCUGGUGAUCAAAGCGCAAGGCCUUGACUUGCCACGAUGCUUUGUCGAGACUGAUCCUGACGGCAAGGGCACCAUCGCAUUGCAGCUUGUCGUUGUUCCAAAAUUCAAAAUCCCACCGAUGCCCGCGCAAGAAUUUCUUUUUCUGGUCGACAGAAGUGGGAGUAUGGCAGGCGAUAGAAUUGCGACUGCUAAAAACACGUUGACGGUGCUUCUGCCAGCCUUGCCUAACAAUGGAACCAAGUUCAACGUCUACAGCUUCGGCACCCGUUGUGACUCGCUGUGGCCUCAAAGUGUUACAUAUGAUCAGGCAACGUUGUACAAUGCGAUCAGUCGCGUCGGAACUAUGGGAUCAGACUACGGUGGUACAGAGAUAGCAUCAGCGUUGAUGCAUGUCUUCGCAAGAAAAGACAAGACAAUGCCCACUGUUGUGUUUGUGCUCACAGACGGUGAUGUGUAUGAGAUCGAUUACACCGCCGACAUUGUCUCACAAGCGGUGGCAGCGGCAGCAGCAUCGAAAGCCCCUCUUCGCGUCUUCACUUUGGGUAUCGGUAAUACUACCUCCAGUGCCAUGUGCGAAGCCAUCGCGAGGAGCGGUAAUGGAGAGUGCCUGAUGGCCAUCAACACAGCAGAAAUUAUAGGCAAAUGCGCUCGCCUUGUUCGUCUAGGCCGAUCUUCGUGCGUCAACGACGUCACCAUCGAUUGGGGGAUCGCCACAACCGACUUUCAACAACCUGAUCCUGCCGCGCCGAGCGAGACAGUCGUUGGAGUUGAGCUAUCACCGCCUGAUUCUAUACAGCAAACUCCGCCUCAUAUCGACAAGGUUUACGACAACGAGCGAUUUCGCCUCACAGCAAUCAUCAAGACCGAGCGCACUCCCGACCAGGUCAUUCUCAGCGGCCGCGUCGAUGGCUACGACGAAGUAUUCAAUCUCCCCGUUAAAGUUAGCCAGGUCAGGUUUCCGCACACGGCGUCUGGUGUGUCUCUUCUGCACACGCUCGCGGCAAAGUCCUUGAUCCAGGAUCUGCAGGAGCACAGAGGACCUCGCCCAACUGCACUUGGGGUCGCAUCGGAGGAGCAGAUCACGAAGGCUGCGGUUGUACGUCUCGGGGUGCGUUAUCAGCUCGUCAGCAAGUACACCUCGUUUGUCGCGGUUGAUGAGGAGGAGAGGAACCGCCGCAUGGAGAGGGAGCGGCAGGAGCGGCGCCAGAGACAGCAGGCGGUGAGAGACGCUGAUGAUCAGAGCGCGCCGUCUGGGAGGUUAGGGAACGACGCUGCAUCUCCUGCAACCACUACCAGUAGUUGGGGUCAGCUAUUACAAGAUAACAUUGGCAGUGUCCUCAACACGUUUACAUGGAUCCUCGGCUAUGCGAGUCCAUCCACGACUGGUGGGCUGCCCAGACGCUCCAGGUCGCCAAGUCCCGCUCACAGCUCGGACGGCGACGGCAGCUCGGAUGAACUUGAUCCAGACCAAGAAGGCGACCGCGACGACGGAUUUGACAGCACGGCGACGUUCUCGACGAUGAGCACUCUAGAGAGCUACGACUCCGACGCCCCUCCGCCAAGACGGCUGCACCCCAGGAGAGAGCCGCGGCGGCGGAGCCCCUCGCCCGCCGUCAGGCCGAAGUCGCCACCGCCCACAGAUGUGGCAGAGCCAACGCCGGGCCCACAAGCCGACAUUGGGCGCGUGGUCGCGCUCGCGAGGCUCCAGCUGUUUGAUGGCUCGUUCAGGCUGGACAGCGCGUUCGAGAGCGUCGUCGGGCGCCGCGCCAUGACACAGCCUGCCGGGCUUCAAGUCAAUGCGCAGGUCUGGGCGACGGCUGUGGCCGCUGCUUUCUACGAGAGGAGCCUGGUCGGAGAGAAGGAGCUGCUGGAAGGUGUCAUGCUCAAAAUCUUGGAAUAUGUCGUGAACCAGGGGAUGACUAAGACCGAGUUUGAACGAUUGGUGAGACAAGGGAGGGCGUUGCUUGAUUGA